AUGUACUUUUCUGGGGGAGAUUCAGGAGAUGGACGAUCAUCCAAUUUCCAGGCCAUCCCUCCAAGCUCCUGGGUUGGUUCUGUGAGCUUUGGCCUAGAAGGGUUCUGGUCGAAUUCUUCUGGCAAGCUUUGCAUGGUGGGAUCAGGUUCUGCAUACUCCAGUGAAGGUAAGUUGCUUAAUCUUGCUGCUAUCCUUAAGCUCAGUAAUGUAAAAAAUUCUAGUACUGUUACCGAUUUGUUUAGUGGUACUCUGGAGAGCUUGGAUUUGACCGGUGAUUCCAAUUAUUUUGAACCAAUUUCCAUAUUGGUAUUUCCUCAAAUGAACUAUGAUUACACUUCGAUUUCCGAAGAGAGUGGUACUGGGGUCCUGGAGAGACUAAUGUUCCGGAGGAAUUGCACUCCCUUUGGUGGGGCGAUUCAAUAUUUGCCCCGUAUCAUGGCCACAAAAGGAAUUAAGUGUUCAGGGGCUAAACAACAGUUGCAACUUCUGAUAAAAUUUCAGAACGUUGGAAAACUUGAGUAUUACCGACCUUUUAAUCCAAGCACCACAUUGGUUGGAGAGGGACGGUGGGAUGCCAAGAGGAAUAGGCUAUGUGUCGUUGCUUGCCGAAUCUUGAACACUACGAAUUCUCUGGCUAAUGCUCGGGUUGGGGAUUGUUCAAUCAGGUUGAGUUUGAGAUUCCCUGCAACCUGGACAAUCAGAAACAGAAGUAGCAUGGUGGGGCAGAUUUGGAGCAACAGAACGGUGAAUGAUUCAGAAAACUUCAGUAGGAUCAUGUUUCAAAGUCCCCAGAAUAUUAUAGAGGUUCCAGGCUUGAAAUAUGAAUAUACUGAGAUUGACAGAGCAGGAAAAUCAUGCCAAGAAAAGAUGCCUGUUGGAAACAAGGGGACAGCAUACCCAGAAGCGAAUUCUUUUGAUAUGCAAUUCGACAUGUCGGUUAAAAGCUCUACAGAGAUAAUUGCAUGGGGUUCCUCAGCCCCCCUCUUUGUGGGUGAAAUUUUUUAUGACCCUUUGGUUAGUUUUGAACCAUUCUCCCUCUCAAGCUCAAUGCAAGAAAAUUCAGCAGUUGAAUCACAUAGCAGACGGAUUGGUCCAGAGAAUAUUAGCUACAAGAUGAGCUUCAAAUUGAAACCUGGGCCUGAAUCUAAUGGUAUCAUCAAUCCAUUUAGUUCUUCUUCUUUGGGUAUGUAUCUGCAAGUGGAGAUUUCUGCUGAGGGGAUUUAUGAGGCCAAAACAGGAUUUCUGUGUAUGGUAGGCUGCAGAAAGCUGAGGUCAGAGAUUCAGAUAUUGACAAACGACUCCAUGGAUUGUGAGAUUCUUGUGAUCCUCCUCUUCUCUCCAUUGAACUCCAGGAAUGGAAGUUACAUCAAGGGAAGUAUCGAAAGCACACGACAUGAAUCUGAUCCUCUUCACUUCCCAAGUCUGGCCUUGUCUUCAGCUGCUUUCAUUGUGGUGGAAGCCAGAGAGUCCAUUUGGAGGAUGACUAUGGAGAUCACCAUGGUUCUGAUGUCUAACACCCUUGCCUUUUUCUUUGUGAGCCUGCAACUCUUUCAUGUGAAAAAGCAGCCCAAUCUUCUGCCUUCCAUCUCACUGAUCAUGCUUGGAAUUCUUGCUCUCGGGUAUUUGAUCCCUCUUGCACUAGACUUCAAUGCCAUACUCCUCGGAAGCCAUAGUCAUGAGAGGAUGACUAUGGAGAUCACCAUGGUUCUGAUGUCUAACACCCUUGCCUUUUUCUUUGUGAGCCUGCAACUCUUUCAUGUGAAAAAGCAGCCCAAUCUUCUGCCUUCCAUCUCACUGAUCAUGCUUGGAAUUCUUGCUCUCGGGUAUUUGAUCCCUCUUGCACUAGACUUCAAUGCCAUACUCCUCGGAAGCCAUAGUCAUGAGAUGAUUGUGCUCGGAAGGGGCGGAUGGCUUAAAGUGAACAAUGUGUUUGUGAGGGUAGUGACUCUGGUAGUUUUCCUGCUCCAAUGCCGGCUUCUCCUGCUCACAUGGUCAGCUAGAUUAGGCCAUGGAGACCAAAAGAGGUUGUGGGCUGCUGAGAGGAAUGGUCUCAACAUUCCCUUUGGUGGGACUUGGGCAUCUUAUGCUGGGUUGGUGGUUGAUGGCUUCCUUUUCCCUCAGAUUCUGUUCAAUGUGUUCAUGAACUCAGGAGAUCAACAAGUUCUUUCUCAGUCUUUUUAUAUGGGAACCACUUUAAUCAGACUGCUCCCUCAUGCCUAUGACCUUUACAGGGCUCAGAACUAUGCUCAGGGCUUUGAUGGGUCAUACAUAUAUGCAAAUCCUGGCGGAGACUUUUACUCAACAUCUUGGGAUGUCAUCAUUCCUUGUGCGGGUCUGCUGUUUUCUGCUAUCAUUUUCUUGCAGCAGCGGUUUGGUGGUGGUUGUAUCAUUUCCAAGAGAUUCAGGGAGUCGGAAGCUGCAUAUGAGAUGAUACCAGUGGUUACAGGUGAGAUAGCCAUGUGA